CGAUGAUGGCAAUUUAUAAUAUUAAAUAAACGUUCGACCGGUUUAAAAACGGCGCCCUCGUACGAUUCGCACACCACAAAACCGAUCGCACUGUGCCGCUAACCAUAUACGCAUUAUCGAUCGCAACAGGAAAAUACAAUUGUGCUUACCUCGCCGACUAUUGUGAUUUUCUUUUUAAUUUCUCGCCGGAAAUCGCCAUCGUGAGCCCACGUAAUAUAUAUGGGACGUACUACUGCAGCUAUGAUGCGCACCGGAAUGCCUUUGGUAUCGAGCGCUGCUGCGGUGAUGAUGUUAGCGUUUGCCGUGUGGCCGGGGCCCGUCCCCGCGGGAUGCGCGAGGAUAUUGGCCGUGGAGACGGUGGGCGGCAGGAGCCACUGGAACUUCAUGAGUGGCAUUAUCAGGGCACUGGUGGACAACGGGCACACGGUCACCGCGUUCACGCCGUUCUUGGACGGUGACCGGGACAAUUACACGGAGGUGGACAUAUCCAGAGGGUUUCCGGUGGGCCUGAACCUGGACCUGGUUGGCCUCUUGAACUACUACCGCAACCCUUUCUGGACGUAUGGCGCUUUCGUGGAAAUGGGCCGGUCGCAGUGCGACGUGAUAUACGGCAGCGACGAGAUGAGAAAACUGCUGCAGGACCGACAACAGUCGUCGGCCGCGGGCUUCGACGCCGUGCUCAUCGAAUCGUUUUGGUCCGAGUGCAUGUCGUACGCGGCCGCUCGGCUCGGUUUGCCGCUCAUCUACGUCACGCCGCUGCCGCUGAUCGCGUUCAUGGAGCACGCCAUCACCGGUCACGUGUCCAACCCCGCCGCCGUAUCCAACCUGAUGACCGUUCACGCCGUCCCCGAGACGUUCAUGGAAAGGCUGAGCAACGUAGCGUUACUCGUCUGCGGUUCGGCCUUGCAACGGUACAAGGAGCUCGUGCUCAAGUACACCGAACCGCCCAAGGAGUACGAUCUACUCGAUCCAGUGCCACCGUCUUUGGUGUUCGUCAACAGGCAUUUCAUAAGCGACGCCCCGAGUCCGGUGCCCAGGAACGUAGUUGACGUGGGCGGUAUACAUCUGAAAGAGGCCAAGAGUUUGCAAAAAGAUGUAUUAGAAUUCAUCGAACAAUCGCCUCAUGGAGUAAUUUAUUUCAGUUUUGGUUCAACAGUAAAAAUGUCUACAAUACCGGAAAGCGUAAAAAAAGCGUUGACAAAGGCGCUCGCACGCGUCCCACAAAGAGUGUUGCUAAAAUACGAAGAUAAAAUGGAAGACAAACCAAAAAAUAUGAUGACGAAACAAUGGCUUCCCCAACGCGAUAUACUUUUGCACCCCAAUGUGAAACUGUUCAUCAGUCACGGAGGUAUUUCUGGGCUAUACGAAGCCGUGGACGCCGGUGUCCCAGUCCUAGGAUUUCCUUUGGUCGGCGACCAACCGAGAAAUAUUGACAACCUGGUGAACGCCGGCAUGGCUAUUUCAAUGGACCUACUGUCCGUCACCGAAGACUCGUUCUUAAACAACGUAAUAGAACUCCUCAACAACAAAAAAUACUCGGAGAGCGCUAAAAACGCUAUGAAAAUAUUCAAAGAUCGACCCAUGUCGCCGGAAUCGUUGGUUGUUUACUGGACAGAGUACGUCCUACGCCACCGUGGAGCUCCGCACUUGCAGUCUCGCGCCUUAAAUCUGCCGUGGUAUCAAUAUUACCUGUUGGACGUGAUAGGUUUCGCGAUUGCUUUCAUAUCUCUCAUCGUUUUCGUAAUCUACAAUAUUUUUAAAUAUUAUGCUGUAUAUACAAAACUUUUAGAUCGCUCGCGAAACGUCAAAGCCCAUAGUGAAUAAUUUUAAUAAUUUUAAUCCAUAUAAUAUUGUUAUCAUUGUUUCAAUUACCCCGAUCUCUCUUAGGUAUUGUAGUUCCCUUAUUCUUACAAUGUAUAUAUUUAAUUAAUAAUUAUUAUUGAUUCCAAGUAACAUUAUUCUUCGAAGUUCAGACUACGCGGUGUACUCCUGCAAGCUUUCGAACGUUAUUAUGUAGGUUAGCGUAUUGACUUAUUUUUUAAAAAACACUUUCUAGCCCGGUGCAAAGCUAGGGAUUUUACAAUUUAUAUUGUAUUGCAUUUUUUCUAUUGCAUUAUUAAUCCUAAGUAAUGAUAUGUUUAACUUGAACUCUGUAUAUCGGUUAGUUUAUUGUGUAGUGUAAGUACUAAGUCGACAUUGAAUUAAACACAUUUUAAUUAUUAUAUUAUGUAUAAAGAUUAAUCAAAUAUUUUGUUUAUACAUUUCUAAAAAUAAAUUAAAUAUUAUAUUUAUAGCUAUAAAUCACGCAUAUAAUAUAUAUUUAUUGUGUACAAUAUUUAUGUAUAAGUGUUUCCUAAGUAUUUUAACAUGUCACUAAUAUAGUAUUCACUUUGAACCUUACAUUAAAGUUAU